UCCACGGAAAUCAGUUGCUAGUUGAGUGUCGUGCGUGGAAGGUGUGUCGCCGCUCCGAGGGCCCCGCUGGCAUCCUCUUGACAGUGCUCGUGACUUGAUAAUUGUGUCUUGAAGCGAAUAUUGAUUGUGCCUCGCCCGCGGCUCCCUUGGAUUCCUACUGCAGACGGCGGCGAAGGAGGUGUUCUGACGUGUUUUGGUGGUGUUUAGCGCAAGGUGAGCUCGGUCAGAGGGUCCGUGAGUCGGCAGGUAGUGUGGUCACCUGAGCCUGUCCGUCUGUGUGUCUGUCUGUCUGUUUGAAGCGCCGGCGAGGGGAGAGGAGCAGUGUUGCGGGCAGCUAUGCCACACUGAGGCCACGAAGCUGAGAGGAGAGUGAGAGGCCGACAUCCCAAGGCGGAGCACAGCAGACAGCGCGACAUCAGCGGCGGGCGGCAGGGCAGCGUCACCCACCACCUCCACCACCACCAUGUCCCACCACAGCGACGAGAACGCGAUAUACACCUCCACAGACUCUUUCUGGGAGCUCGGCAACUACAAAAGAACAACCAAAAGAAUCGAGGAUGGGAACAGACUGUGUGACGACCUGAUGAAGUUGGUGGCCGAGCGGGCGGAGAUUGAGAAGAUGUACGCCAAGAGCCUCAAGGAGUGGGCAAAGAAGUGGAACAACAUCAUAGAGAAAGGUCCAGAGUACGGCACCACAGAGGCGGCCUGGAAGGGUGUGCUGAUGGAGGCCGAGCACCGUUACGAGCUGCACACCCACGUCAAGGAGAACCUGAUGAACGAGGUGCACGGGAACAUCAAACACUGGCAGCGAGAUAACUACCACAAGUCUAUGAUGGGACAGCUAAAGGAGAAGAAAGACAUCGAAGACCUAUUUAAAAAAGCACAGAAGCCUUGGGCCAAACAGUUCGAGAAAGUCAACAAGUGCCGAGCGGAUUACCACAACGCCUGUAAAAACGAACGGUCAGCCCAGAACCAGGAGAGGAACGCGGGCGGCGACUCCUCCCUCUCCCCCGACCAGGAACAUAAGAAAAACAGCAUAGUAGUUAUGCACAACAAUAUGAAGAUGAAGAAACUAACAGACCGAGUCUCCAAGGCCAAGGAAGAGGUGGCGAGAGGAAAAGAAAAGUAUGAAGCCGCCUUAAGAGAAAUAUCUGACUACAAUCCAAAGUAUAUUGAGGAUAUGACGCAUGUAUUUGAAAAGGCGCAGGAAUCAGAGUCCAAGAGAUUAAUGUUCUUCAAGGAAAUGCUCUUUGCCACUCAUAAAUGCCUCAACAUAUCCAACGAUGCAAGGUUACCACGAAUCUACGAGGAGUUCAACCACACUGUUGCCAACGCUGACUAUGAGAAGGACCUUAAGUGGUGGAGCAACAACCACGGGGUGAACAUGCCCAUGAACUGGCCGAACUUUGAGGAGUAUUCUGAGGAAUUCCGCGACAUAAGCAACAAAGGCAAGCGCAGCGGACACAUCCCCGAGGGUGCCAUCACUCUGCUGAACCAGCGCACCGUGGGAGAUGACCUACCAGAGUACACACCCGACCUGCACCGCAUCAGCAAGAAGGGGACCAAAGGGGCAGUGAGUGGAGGCGGGGACGUCACACUCACGGCCGUCAAAGGGCCCUCCAACAACACCUCGGCAACCUCCAAAUCCUCAGACAACAACCGACAUUCAGCCGUCAGCGACCCACAGGAGUCACAGGAAGCACCUAAUCCUUUCGAUGAUGAGGAGGAUCCACAUAGUCAAAACAAUGGAGUGAGCGGGGGAGAUGACGACGAAUGGGACUACAGCGACCGUACGUUUGAUCCCAACAAGCCUGGCGUUCCUGUCCGAGCCUUGUAUGACUAUGAGGGAGUAGAGGCUGAUGAGCUUUCAUUCAAAGUUGGGGAAGUGUUUGACAAACUUGAAGAUGAAGACGAGCAGGGUUGGUGCACAGGCCGCAAGGAUGGCCAGGUGGGUCUCUAUCCAGCUAACUAUGUGGAGAUGGCCUAAGCUCCCCAACAACCCCUCAUCAGGAGUGACUGCAGGACUGAAUUCUAGAACAUGUGAUAAACAGUGGUAUCCAUGCACUCACAGGAUCCUAUUUUAGGGAGAUACGUGUACCUCGAGUGAAUUACUAUCUGCCCUCAAAGUAUGGACACUAAGCUAAGUUUUCCAAGUUAUUUGAUUAUCUGUCUUCAAGUGCUGUUACACCAGUGUCAAGCUUCCACCACCCGACAGCAUGUUCAUGAGCACCAGUGUUUAUUGCAGGGAGGGAAUUCCCCUGAGAGCCAGGCCAUGCUCACAGAAAUGCUCCCAGUAGCGUUGUUUGCUAAUGGAUGUGUUCUGCAUGUAACGGCACCCACAGAUGAAUCUAUAUUUCUUUAUUAACCUGCUGUGUAGCCUGUGAUGUAGAGAAUAUCAGUGAACUGUGUUAGACUGUCACCAUAUGGCUUACCAUUGUAAGAGUACAUGUAGAUGAAGUAAUAUUCUGCAUAUUUUUUCUAGUGAAAUACAUUAUCAUCUGUACCAGGUAUGUCCUAGCAGAGACUAUGGGAUCACAUGUUGUAUUUACUGUACAUUGAUACUGACAAUGAAGAUGCUUGAUGAUGGCAACUAGUAAUUAAGCAUAUUCCAAAUGUAAGUACGUAAUGGUAGUUCUAGAAUAUCCGUAAAGUUAUUGGAAUAAUGAUUCUCUGGAGACUUGUGGAAAUGAAUUCUGCAUACGGUGUUUCUCUUGGUGCACUGCUGUUAUUCCACAUUAACGGUUAAGAUGUUUGUGUUAAAAUUAAUUCCUGUGGGGUGGCAGCCGCAGACUCCUAGUUGUCAACAGUGCUGCUUCGCUAACAGCCUCCCCACUGCAGGUAUGUUUAUUUUUAAUUUGUUAUGAGUCUUAAUUUCAGUAAAAACAUGAUUUGCAUGUAGGGAAGGAAAUUCUAGAGAUUUUAAGUAUUUUCUGAAAAAAAAAGAUAUUUCCACAAUGAAAAUGUCUAAAACAUGAUAGCUAAAGAAUCUGUAAUUUAUACUUUGAGUAACAUACUUUUAGGGAAAAUUAUUAUUAUUUUUUUUUUAAGUAGAACCGAUGAAGGCUAUGUAUAGAACAGCAAGAUAACAAAACAGAAAUUUUGCUAAAUAGAAGCUUUAUGCUCAUGCCAUACGUGAACACAGAAACAGUUCAAAUAAACAGAUCAACUUUGCUUGUAGGAAACAAACCCAUUACCAAUUUUUUUCAUCCAGUGCUUCUUGAAGCACUUGGUGUUGAAGGGUUAACCUUUGUGGAUGUUUCAUUCACACACUUGAUACAUUAAUUUGUCAAGUGUUGGGCCCUGUACAUUUUCAGGCAUCGGGCAUAAAACAGGACAGUAUUAAUUGUUCAAAGAGAAGGUUUCCACCCGCCAACGCCUGCGGCCCCGUUGUAGGGGGCGCUGCAGGCCGGGCCACUGUUCAGGGCAGGCCGUGUCCUGGUAAUGAUGCAUAUAUAACGAAUGUAUAUAGCACUUGUUUAUUCCAGUAAGUAACAUGUACAAUGUACAUAAUGUUAUCUGCAUGGUGUAGGCCUCACUGUUAUGUAAUCACUAAGAUGUUUCAGCAGUCCUCCUCAACUGUAUUUAUUUUGAUAUGACAAAUCUUUGGGGCUGUCCCCCACUACAUAUAAUUUUCUUACUCAAUAUUUAUAUACUGUAUUAAAUUCUAAAGAAUAGUUUAUUAGGCACUGUCCUCUUUCAUAGUUUCAGGGGAGAGCACCGAUGUAGUUGUUAAUAGUUUCAAAUUGUAUAAAUUUGAAACUUGUGGUCUUUUAUGUUACGUUCAAUCGUUGAUUUAUGAUGGUGAUAUAAUCAUUUGGAAGUGUCACAGAAUAUAUUUUGAGGAGGAAGUAGUAAAGAUGCCUCACUAUGCCAACCAUUAUUUUUUCUAAUGCAGAAUGAACCAUGUGAAAGUCAGUGUACAGAUCAUACUUCCCGGCAUGAAUGUACAGCUUCUUUGCUUUUCCAUUACCCCAGCAUCUCUCAAUCAAGGUCUGUAUCAUUGCUUGGAAUUAUACUGACCCAUAUCAAAUUUCCUUCUUUAAUUUGUAACAUAAUUCAUUCUGGAAGUGGUUGGAUGUGAUGCAGAUGGUUCAUUUACAGUCUGGCAAAGAUGUUUUCACGACGCCAUAAAUUACUUGGCAUAUCCAUAAUAGGUUGCACCCUGGCAGCCAUAGAGGCAGCACUGAGGUCUUGAAUUAGGACCUUCUAAGCAGUGGCUGUAGGGAAGGGGAUUCAUGUUAAGAGUUGUACAUUAUGUGUAGACUUGUGGACUUAAGGUGGUCUGUCUGUGUACUUGUGUGCUUUAUUCUCACUUGCUGAAUGGGGCUGUGUAUUGUGUUGUGGGUAAUUGCAGUUAAGUAUUGUAAUGACAGAGUUUGUGAACUAUCCCUGAUCUUCAUUGCCUGGAAAGUAGUCACUAAGUUCAAACAGUUAUAUUGCAUGGCCCCAACUGAAGGGAGUAUUAAAAGUAACAGCUAUUGUGUAAGAAAUAAGUUGUCAUUGCAGUUUGUAUGACACUAUUCUCCCCUAGUUGCCAAUACUUGUCCAGCACAGCAAUCUUAGUUUGGUAGGUCACACACUUGUACAUGUUUUAUAAUUUCCUUAUUGUGUCUGUCACCUGAUAUUGUUAUGUGUUGCAAUAGGAUGUGAAAUAUGUUACGUAUGAUCUUGAAAACCUAUCACAUUAUACUGACCUUAAUUUUCUUCCAAACAUUUUAUGAACGACAUGUGAAUAGGAGUUUUAUUUACGGAUAUUUUCUUACCAAUUUUUGUUUUCUUCCCAAUAUUUUCCUUUGAUUUGCUGUUGUAAAUAUGCUAAAUAUAUUAUUUAACUCUU